GAGCGUUAGAUAGUAAGCCAGAUAGCCCGGGUUCGAUCCCUAGCGUAGGCAGCGAUUUAGGAUUAAUUGAUAAUGCGCUCCGUUACCAUAGUUAUAUAACAUUGAACUACAAACAAUAUUUCAGCACCUUGGUGUUCCUGCAAAUGUGGAAAAACGAAGAUCGGUCAAGCCAACCAACGAAAAUAAUGACGAUGAUCGACCCCCUCUAGUUGUCAUUUCUGCUACCCUUCCGAAAGAGGAAAUAGAAACAGAAUUGACGACAGGUCUUAUGUACAACAUCAGCUCUAAUGUUCCUCCGCAUCUCACACUUAUGUUUGCCUUACAGCAAGUCCUGUCAACCCUGUCAGGCUCCCUGGUCGUGUCCCUACUAGUGGCACAGGUUGUAUGUGCAGAGGAUAACGAUGAAUUCAAAGCCAAACUCCUCAGUUCCACUCUGUUCAUGAAUGGCGUGACGACAUUCUUCAUGGUCACCCUGGGUGUACGAUUACCAGUGUUCCAAGGACCUUCCUCUAGCUACGUGGCACCACUUUUAGCCAUAUCUCAGAUAGGCAAAGGAAGAUGCAACGGCACACAGCCCUUCACUGUUUUCAACAAUAUUUCAAACAUGACAGAGACAAAAUUUCCGGAAGGGUCAGACGAUAUCAUACUCCGCUACCUACAGGCGUUACAAGGCAGUUUAUUGGCGGCUGGUGCUGUCCAUUUUUUGGUAGGAGUGACUGGAUUGGCUGGAGUUUUGCUACGAUUUAUUGGGCCAAUUACUAUUGUUCCGACAAUUCUUCUCACUGGCUUUUCCGUAUCAGGCACAAUUAUAAAAUACACUCAAGUCAACUGGCCGCUGUCUAUGAUGACCAGUGCCAUAGCCAUAAUCCUGUCUCUGUACUUAGCUAAUAGGAAAACAGUCAUCCCGAUGUGGUCAAGAAAGAAAUCCUGCCAUUUCAUACGAUAUCCACUCCAUACAGUGUUCGCUAUCCUGAUAGCUAUGGCGGUAGGUUGGGCGAUAUGUGCCAUCCUCACAGAGGUCGGCGCCUUCAGUAUGGACAGGAAUCAUAAAGACUUCUACUCAAGAACAGACGCUAGGACAGACAUCAUCCACAAGUCCAGUUGGUUUAACAUGCCCUACCCUGGACAGUUUGGACCAAUGCGGUUUGAUAUCUCAGUGUUCGUUAGCUUUAUGGUGGCAACUGUUGUUUCCAUCCUCGAUUCCAUCGGGGAUUAUUACGCAUGUGCAUCAGCCUGCAAUGUUCCUCCACCUCCGUCACACAGUGUAAACCGUGGUAUUGCAAUCGAAGGGCUCUGUUCCUCCCUGUCAGGUGUAAUCGGAUGUGGACACGCUACUACUACCUACGGGACUAGCAUCGGUGCUAUUGGACUGACACGGGUCGCCAGCCGCUACGUAUUCAUGGCAGCUGCACUGAUCUACAUAGUCUUUGGUCUCGUCGGAAAAGUAUCCGCCAUUUUUAUCACAAUUCCAUAUCCGGUCCUAGGUGGCGUUCUCCUCGUUAUGUUUGGAGUCUUUAAUGGAGUCGUUUUAUCCAACCUACAGUCUGUUAGUCUGUCGUCCAUGCGAAACCUCGCUAUCAUAGGUACUUCACUGAUGGUAGGAUUGGUCAUACCGGAGUGGAUAGAGACGUACGACAACACUAUCGACACAGGAAACAAAGAAGCGGACAAUGUCAUUCUUACGUUGCUAGGCAACCCGAACCUAGCGGGCGGUGUACUUGCCUGCUUCCUUGAUAACACUAUACCAGGCACAAGGACAGAACGUGGUAUAGCUCAAUGGGAAACUAAAGAAGAAGAUGAUUCAUCGUCAAAAUUUUCGGAGGGAUAUGAAGUGUACAACCCCCUAUUUUUUGACAAGCUAAAGCAUUUCAAAAUGCUUAGGUUUCUUCCAUUCAUGCCGGCUCCCCAGGAAAAGGGAGUGUAGAUAGAGAGCUCUUCGUCUUUGGAACUAAGAAGUAAUAAUGGAACAAUAAUCAGAAAUGAAGUGCUUUUCAUUGAUAUGUUUAUUUUUACCUACUAAACUGUACACGGAAUCAAUGGCUACAGAGGAUGUGUUAAUACAAAAACAACAUUAGAAGUAGGUGUGGUGAAAUGGACAUCUUCAUGUAAUAUAUACUAUACCUGAAAUAAAAUCAAAAAGUAUCCUGUCGAAGUUUAUACAGAAGGCAUAAUGAGAAACACGACAAAGACAUUACCAACAUGACUCAAAAGCAUAUCCAAAAAUGUGGAUGAGUUGAACGAAAAGUCUAUCAGUUUUCCGAAAGCAACAAGGAAAUUUGUUAUCAAUAGAUGCACAUAUCACAAACAAUUUAAAUUUGGAUUUAUGGUCACAGCUUUAUUGCAAAGAU